AUGUUUUCUCAACGAUACACUUGUUACUUAUCCUCAUUUUGACAAAGCUUCAAAUACUCAGCUAACGACGGGGAGAACUAAUAAAUUAACAAAGUAAAAGUAUUACCUAACCUACUUCUCUAGCCCCUGUACACGCACACGUACAGGUGUGAAAGAUCCAGUGAUCAGAAAUGGGGUGGAUCCAGUUCACAGGAUGUUUGUUGAGGAACGUGAGACGCACUGCUCAGGCCUCGGCCAGCGCUGGGGGCAUUUGUUAUCCUCCACAGGAGAAACAGGAAAAGAGGGGAAUACAACACAGACUGUCCAAGAUUAGACAUCCUUCCUGCAGCAUUUUUCAGGGUGACUCCUGGGAUUUGAGGACCGAACAACAUGCAAGUGGUGUACAAAGAAAACAGCUCAAGGUGCAUCACCCCUUGCCCCCGGCGGAUCAUCUGGAGACAACCGAAAUAACCCAUGCAAAUUAUAAAAACACACGGAAACCAUACCCUGUCCCCUUUAAAGAGAAGAGGCCGCCACUGUGACGAGCGUCACAGUAUUCUAGGAAUGUCCUGAGCCGUCAGCGCCGGGACGCCUCAGGGAAGAGGCUGAGAAUGCUCACGACUCCCCUUCUCCUCCUUCGGCAUGUGCACACGCACACACAUGCGAGGAUGAUUCAUAUGACAGGCCAUAUUCACAGAGAGAACAGAGUACCCCUGACCUCACAGAAACGCCUCAAGGCAAAGAUCCACUCGCGGAGAGCAGCUGCUCCGGCCGAGCCUGCAACCCCCGCAUGGGCAACCUGGCCCAGGGCAGAGUGCUGAGCACCCGGUCGACCUGCGGCUCCAACUCUUCAGAGCCCUACUGCUUCUACAAACAGACGGCUGCCCCCCGCAGAAGGGAGGCCUGCUCGGCGGCAAAAUGCAGCAAGUGCAGCUCCGCCAUCCCCGGCCAGGCGCACCCUCCCUCUGCCAUGAGCGACUCCUCUUUCCGCUACCCUCACACCUGGUGGCAGUCGGCGGAGGGGGUGAAGGAGGAGACGCUCCAGUUGAACCUGGAGACUGAGUUCCUCUUCACCCAUCUCAUCCUGGUUUUCCGCUCCCCCCGGCCUGCUGCCAUGGUGCUGGAGCGUUCCCAGGAUCACGGGCACACAUGGAAGCCCCUCCGAUACUUCGCCAGGGACUGUGAGGAGGCGUUUGGCCUGGCAGAGGGCUCAUCAGUCGGGGAGAGUGGGGCAACAUGCACCUCCAAGUACUCAGGAGCUUUUCCUUGUACGAGAGGAGAGGUGAUCUAUCGAGCCUUGUCUCCCUGGCACUCAGUUGAUCCCUAUGGACCAGCUGCGCAAGACCAGCUCAAGAUCACCAACCUGAGAGUCCGCCUGAUGCAGCGCCAGCCGUGUCCCUGCCAGGCCAAACAGCCCAGUGCUGCUGAACUCCCCACGGACCAUUACGCCAUAUAUGAUUUUAUUGUCAAAGGCAGUUGCCUUUGCAAUGGACAUGCUGACCACUGUGUUCCAGCCAGGGGCUACCAACCCAGCCAGCAGAAGACCAGUAACAUGGUCCAUGGCAAGUGCGUUUGCAGACACAACACAGCCGGUGACCACUGCGAGCGCUGUGCGCCUCUCUACAACGACCAACCCUGGCAGGCUGCCAACGGCAUCAUGGGGACACCGCACGAGUGCCAGAAGUGCAAGUGUAACGGUCAUGCCAAGAGCUGUCACUUCAGUCGUGGAUUGUGGCUAGCAACAGGACGGCGGAGCGGUGGCGUGUGUGACGACUGCCGCCACAACACGGAGGGCCGUCACUGCCAGAACUGUAAGAAGGGUUUCUUCAGAGACCCCAGUCACCCAAAGACUGCACCGGACUCCUGCAAACCCUGUUCCUGCCACCCCGUAGGCUCUGUCCUCUCAGGUGGUAGCCCUCUCUGCGACCCUAGCAGUGGGGAGUGCACUUGUAAACCUGGGGUUGGAGGCCCCCGCUGCGACAGCUGUAUGAUGGGAUACUGGGGGCUUCAUGAAUACGGCUGCCGUCCAUGUGACUGUACAGGGGACUGUGACCCCUACACCGGAGACUGCAUUUCUGGCUCAGAUGUGGAGGUCUUCUAUACAGCCACUGGCCACAUGGGACACAGCAGCAAUAAUAGUGAGACGGCACUCUUUAGGGUAGAGGAGCUUUUCUCUGCACUGCACCACUCUGAGAAAUGUGAAUGUGUAGAAGUAACCCUUGGCAACCCUAAACUCUUCUGUGCUGCAGAGUAUGACUAUGUGCUGGUGGUGAAGGUGAUGUCAGCUCACGAUAAAGGCUCCCAUGCAGAGGUGGAGGUCAAGGUCAAGAAGGUCUUGUACCAGAACCUUCAGAUGAAGAUCCAGAGGGGAAGUGUCACCCUUUACCCAGAGUCCUGGACCACCCAAGGCUGUACCUGUCCCAUCCUCAACCCAGGAUCUGAGUAUGUAGUGGCCGGUCAUGAAGACUGGAAGACCAGCCGACUGAUGGUCAACACCAAGAGCCUGGUUAAACCAUGGAAGUCAAGUCUGGGACGCAAAAUCCUCCACAUCCUCAGGAAAGACUGCGGCCGCUGGUAGGGCAUCGCCAAGAACUGCAAUGGACAGAGGGAUGGCGAGGCGGAGGAUCAGCUGUGACAUACAGAUGAUGCGCUGGCUGGGUGAAAUAAUUGGCAAGACAAACACAGGAACUGUCUGAAUUAGGCAUUGCUUGGACACUAAAGUUAAAAAAAAAAAAGAGAGAACAAAACAGUGCCUACUUCAAGGUUUCACUUCAAGUCAAGUCCCCUGCCCUGAAAAACAGAAUGCUACAAUACUGCGGUCGUUGUAAAAUUGUGGUAGAUAGAAGCACAUAUUGUAAGCAGAUACCUUGCCAGACGGCAGUCACUUAAGGAUCAAAGAGAACAAAGCGAGCCGUAAAGACCUUCAUCCAGACGAAGCUGAUGUUAGAAUCUCAUUCUUGUGUUAUGAUAUGCCUCAGCUCAUCAUUCUUUCCAGAUUAUUUACAAAGCAAUAAGGAGUGUAUGUUAAAUACUCAAUUAUACUUUAUUUCCUGGCUGAAGUUGCUGCCAGAGUUGAUGAGCCAAAACAGUCAUGUCCUGCUGUAUCUGUUUCACUGAGAGCUGUUUGCUUUGAAUUCUUGCAAAGGCCCAGACUGAACCCCGUCGUCUCACACAUACUGGCGAUAAAUCAUGAAUGAGUCGACAUCAGAAUGUGUGUGUGAAUGUGUGACCGUGGAUGUGUGCAUGUGCUUGAUGUCCGGUGCAGGUCAGAACAAGUAACUCCUGGAUGAGGAGAGAGGAUGAAAAAAAAAAAACAUUAAAGGAAUCAGGCGGCUUAAUCUGAACGGCUCUGUUUUGCUCUGACACACUCGCCCGCCCGCUGUCUGACAAGAGCAAAACACACUCCGCUCCACCCUCUCUGGUCUGCAGUACAUGCAACAAGCUAAAACACUUGGGAUUGAAUUUGCGCUUACAGCUGGUUCAGUUACAAAAGUGGAUAAUUGUCGAGUUGCUUAGGUCAGACUCGAUUCUGUGAGGAUUUUCUACUGCCCUCAAAAAAUCUACUUCCAUAAGAGGAGGAAUGAGGAGGAUUCACUUGAGAGGGCCUCCCCAGACCCGACCCUGUGCGAGCCUGUGUGCGCGUGCGUGCGCUUGUGAGAAAGAGAGCACACACUCUCUUAACUUAUGUUUCUCUUUUUGGCCUGUGACUCCUGCGGCCCCAAAAUAAAUAUGUAUUAAAAGCCUUAGUAUCACAUCCAGAGUCCACAGGCCAUUUUUGAGCCGUGCCCAGUUAAGAAUAGGCCUGGUGUGCUGUCUCCAAGAAGGACAAAACUGUGUGAGGAGGCAUGAUGCAUUCCUCAGUCAUAACAUCACCGUCAAUGUCCUCGUCCCAAAGACUUUACCAAAAUAAGAAAAAUGGGCAGGAAAUAUUCUUGUAAGGGGCAAAGUGGUGAUUAAGGGUGCAUGAACGUACUCUGCCGUCAAUUUGACAUUUGUAAUGCUAUUUCUGUGUGUCCUAUUUUUUUCAUCUAAACUGCAUAAACUCCG